AAAAUAAUUUUUGAUACAUGGCAACCAUAACAAAUUUUUAGUGUGGUUUUUUCAAAAGCAAAAUAAUGUCGCAAGCUGAUGAAUCAAUCUUGAAAAUAAAUAUAGAAAAUUAUAUACUAGAGAAAUAUACUCCAUUUAAAUUACGGCAACCAAACUUUGAAUUGAUUUACUAUGAUGAGAAGGAAAAAGUCGUUGAGCCCAUUUCCGAACAUCCUUUGCAUGGUCAACAAAAAUGUAAGCAAUUAACAUUUCCAUUCGCGCGCAGUGGCUUAUUUACCGCUGAUAUACGGAAUAUCAAGACAUUGGUUAAAAAGUGUGAAGACCAAACGGUGAAAGAAGUUUUCGAACUUACACUAAAUCACAACAAUAAAGUGGACUAUCAGGCUGGGGAUACCAUUGCCAUUGUGCCCAAAAACUCAAAACUUGAUGUAAUGCAAGCCAUUAUAUUGAUGGGCUUAGAUGAAAACGCAAACAAGUAUUGUAAAUUUCGGCCCCUCUCCACAACUCAAAAUAGCAAAGCUAAAUUACCUUUGCACAUACCAGAAGAUAAGACUACACCACAUGAAAUUCUCACCGACUGCUUGAAUUUGCGUGCAGUACCAACAAAGCAGUUUCUAAGCGUUCUAGCCAGUUGCUGCAGUUUUGCCGAAGAAGCUAAUUUCCUUAAUUGUUUAUCUUCUAAAGAGGGCAACCACUUUUACAAUGAGUUGAUACUAGAAAAAGGCUUAAAUUUCUUAGAUAUACUGUUAUUGUGUACUUCAUGUAAACCAACACUUUUAAUGUUGAUCGAGAAUUUACCUCGUUUAUUUCCACGUGCUUACAGCAUUUCCAAUAGCCCCAAUGGACAUGAUAAUGAAAUUAAAAUCGUAUUUUCUGUGUUACAACAUACACCAGGUGUUGCAACAAGUAUGUUGAAAAGAUUGGGAGCAGAAACUAGAGAAUUCCCCAAUGAGCCAAAAAGUGUGUUAAUGUAUUUUCGUAAUACGAAUAGGUUUAGAUAUACGCCUGAGGUCGCACAUACCAGUCAACAAAUACUGAUAGGUAUCGGUACGGGUUUAGCACCUUUCAUUGGUUUUUUGGAGUAUAAAAAGCAGUUGUACCUUGAAAACGAAAAUGAAAAAAAAUUAGGCAAAACAUGGUUGUUUGUUGGUGCAAAAAGAAUGGAAAGUGUGAUCUAUAGAAAAAAACUGAAGGAGUAUGCAACUGAAAACAUUUUAGAUAGAUACUUUGAGAGUUUAUCACGCGAGAAAGAUGCUCAGUAUCAUUAUGUCCAGGACCAAAUUAAAGCGAACGUUGAUGAAUUUGUAAAAUUCUUGUUGCACCGCGACACAAUUUUGUACAUUUGUGCUGAUGGUGCGCAUAUCUCAAAGUCCAUCAAAGGAGCAAUUACGGAGUGUUUAACUGAAAAGUUAGGAAUAAGCAAAGAUGAAGGAACUGAAUUAAUUAAAGAUUAUGAAAAACACGGCAAAUAUGUUGAGGAUAUAUGGACGUAGCUGCAAACGCCCUUAAAAAAAUAAUAUAAAUUCGAUUCCAAAUAAAAUGAGAGAACCAAAUUAAAAUUGCAUUUCUUACAGAAAUUGUAUAAAAAAAUGUUCCUCAAAGAGAAAAAUUAUUAUCGAGAUUAAAUAAAAGCACUAUACUUUUAGUAAACAAAUAUUAAUUAUCUUUGAUGAAGAUAAAAAGAUAUGACGGGACCUCAAGGUGUAAUUGAAUUAGAAUGGAAAGUGUGAUACAAUGACAACAGAUAUAUUUUUUCAUUGCACAUAAUAACAUGGGAUAGGCGGAUAUAUUAAUAUCAAAUGUUAAUAUCGAAAGUAAAGUUUUAGUCUUGAA